AUGACCCUCCUUCCUGGGGAGAGCUUUCUCUUCCCGUGGACGUUUCUUACUGCCGGAUUCGUCGAGCCAUACUUUCUAGGGCUAUUAAUAGCUCUAUUGACGCUUGCACCUUCCUUUCGGUACCUAGAACGUCUGUGGGGGUCAUUCGAGACUGCGAAAUUCAUUGGAAUCGUGAUUACGGUCUCCAAUUUUGUCGCGUUUAUCCUGAGUUGGAUAGAGUACCUGGUACUCGGAUCAGAAAACUUUUUAUACAAAAUGGACUACUACGGCCUGACAGCGCUGCAGACUGGCGUCCUGGUCGCCUUUACCCAGCUUAUACCAGAGCAUCAAGUCCAGUUCUUUGGCUCGCUGCGUAUCCGCGUCAAGCGACUACCAAUGAUCUACGUGACGAUUUCCAACGUCCUCUGCAUCAUCGGCUACCAAUCCCCCUGGAUAUUGAUCCAAUUCGGUUGGUUAUCUUCUUGGGCCUAUUUACGCUUUUAUAAGCGUACGACCGACGCACUCUCGGGCAUUGAUACUUAUGGUGAUCGUUCGGAGACGUUUGCAUUUAUCCACUGGUUCCCGCCAUUUGUUCAUAAACCACUUUCGAUAGCGUCGACGUUUACCCACAAUCUUGCCGUCAAAUUCAAAAUCAUCCGGCCUUUUGCUCCAUCAGCAGACGAUUUGGAAACUGGAGUAUAUUCGUCUCUCUCCAACGCACAACCUGGAGGCGCUCGAGCCGAAGCGGAGCGACGGAGGGCCCUCGCAUUAAAGGCUCUCGAUUCUCGACUAGCAAACGCGACCAACAAUCGACCCGGCACACCGUCAAAGGGGUUGCCUGCCGCGUCUGCGUCUGCGACAACCGGGCCAACGGCCUCUUCGUCUGCACCUGCGGCAAACGGUGCGGCCUCGACUCGAAAAUCUGUCGAUCAGGGUAAAGGGAAGAACAAAGUAUCUCAAGAUCCAUCUUAA